AUAUCUGUCUAUGCUGGAGUUAAAUAUAAUCGUAUGAUCCAAACAGACAGCAUAAUGGCUGCUCCUUGUUGUCAUCCGAACGAGAAGUCUUUAACAGUUGUAAAUUCACUCCAAACACUCGCUUCUGAUUGCAACAGGAUGCUGAAAACGAAUAAUAAUGCAGAUAAUUAUGAAAAGAAUGAAACUUUGUCUAGAUGCAGUCUGAUGUGUAAUGAAGGAUUGUCUGGGAAUAUCUCGUUGAAACAUCAGCUUCAGCUCUUUGCUAAGGCUAUGCUUGAUUUCACUUUUUACACAGAAUCUAUCCUGACAAAAACAGAUUUUCCAGAACAUUCUAGUGAAGAGAAGGUGAGAGAUCUACUGAAACAACUUGAAAAACCAGUGGAGUUGUGUCAGGAAUUGUUUCCUCAAGAACAGGUUGGUGAGAUCUUAGGUGCAGAAAUAUAUGAAUGCAUCUGUUGGCGCCAGGGUGCAUUGCUGUACAUGUACUGCAGUACUGUUAACGAUGAUGCAGAGAGACGGAAUAGAACAAGAGACAUGUUUGAUCAGAAUCUUUUGAAAGGAAUUCAUUAUCUGUCGAAGAUGUUUCUGGUGAGAAAAUGCCAGGAUAAUGAGGAAUUCCAAAGUAACUGCCAGCACACUAUUAAUUUAAUCAAAAAAGGUAUUUAUUCGGACACCCAUCUUCUGAGUUUGAUGUACAAAGGUGACCUGUGUAACUGGUAUCUACAGUCAUGUGGCACAGAAACAAGCCAAGGCGUCGACAGAUCAAUUGAUGUCAUAUCCGAAGGAAGAACAGCUUUAGAAACAUUCAUCCAAAUCACAGAUGGACCCUUAAAGAACCAAGGUUGGUCAUCAGAAAGGGCCAAAGAACUCCUUAAAGGUCCUCAAUUUACUCGUUAAACGGAUGCAUAACUUUGAUGGUUAUUUUCGGCCCCUGAAACAUGAAGAUGGAGUUGAAGCAAAUGUUUUUUAUUCUGCCAUCUGUUCUUCUAUGACAAAGUAACAACAUUUCAGUGAAAUAUUUGUAAAUCAUGUAAAAAAGAAAAAAAGGAGUGUUUAAGAAAUGAGAAAGCCUUGUUAAGAAGGGAUUCAACAAAUUGAAUCAAUCUUGCUACAUUACUGGUACUUAGUUAUUUGUUGUUAUUUAGACAAUCAAACAGACCCAUGAUCAAAUACAUUCUAGCCAUGACCAUCUAGUAUUUUUGUAGAGCCAAGAUUACAUUGUCCAAUGUUUUUAUUUUUUCGAGGUGGUAGGAUAUAGUUUAAGGGAGAUUUGGCUGCUAUUUUUAGCAAGUCAAGAACUUUAUAGAAGCUCCUUUGGCUCUACUGUUAUUUUGUUGACCUAAGCAAGACAAAAGGUUGGCUCUGACAGAAUUUGAACUCUGAAGUUGAAAAUACAGUCUCGGUCAGCUUUGAAUGUGUUUGCUGAAACAGUAAAGUAAUGGUUCUAUCAUGUUAAUAGUAUUUAAUGUAACUUGUUAGUUCAAAUCUCCAGUAAUAUAGUGUAGAUGAUUCAAAUUCCUGCUUGUUCUUCCCUGCAACACUGGAACCUGUGUCUGUAAAACAAAUGGUUAUUAGACAUUAGAAUGUCUGUUCGUUGUUAGAUUUUUUUUUUUCUGUCAGAGAAAAGAAUUUAAUUUUAUCAAAUAUUUUGUUUAUUAAAUAUAUAUCUAUUAAAUUGUUAUGAACAUUCAUGGGAAUAUUUCCAAGCGAUACCACUGCUGCCCUCGACUGCCUUGGUAACUGGGGUCUCACCGAGUUGUGGCUGCAAACCCUGCCAAGAUCUCUGUGCCAGGAAUUCUCCUGCAAAAUUACAAAAUACAUUUUUGAGAAAAUAAAACUAUUACAUCACA